CUUUGGUAUGAACAAUAAAUUCAAGGAAGAAUUCCCUAAUGAAUUACAUGGUAAACUAGCUCCUGAAGAAUUUGAGGAAAGUAUACGUAAAAUUAAUGAGCGCUUGGAGAAUUCACUACCUAGUCAUGUUAGAUGGUUUAUUUGUGGGUUAUUGUGUUGUUGUUGUACAGCUGGUUGCUCACUAUGGCCAGUAAUUCAUUUAAGCAGACGAACCAAAAGAGAUCUACAAAAAAUACUGGAAGCUGAAAAUAUCCGAUUGUAUUGUAAUAUUGGUUUACGUUUGUCUUUGGUCAAACAACGGUCUUCCGAAACAACAACACUGAUGGAAUACGUAUGUUUCGAAAACUUGUUUUAA